AUGUCACAAGUCAUAUCCGAGACAGAAGGUGUGGUAGAUAAGUACAUAGGCGAUGGUAUUAUGGCCCUAUGGAAUGCCCCGUACACCGUCAUAGACCAUCCGUCUAAGGCGUGCGAAGCCGCUCUGCUGUGCAAAAGCCGUUUGGAGACGCUCAAAGCAGAUUGGAAGCGUCGAGGGUAUCCUGAGAUGCGCAUGCGUGUGGGUAUACACACAGGCAAUGCCAUUGUCGGCAACUUCGGCUCUGUGGACAGACUCAACUAUACAGCGUUGGGCGACAACGUUAAUCUGGCCUCAAUUGACCUUGCUGACUUAUAUACGGAAGCGUUUGAACUAUACAUGGACCGCCAAUUUGAGAUGGCGGCAGUUCUAUUUGUAGAAUAUUUGGAAUCUAACGCAAACGACAAAGCCGCCGAAACGCAUUUAAAGGCGUGUCGGCAUUAUGUACUUAAUCCGCCAGAUAGCUCUUGGGAUGGCACCAGACGGAUGAACACUAAGUAGACGCCUUCUCCUCUGCUGUAUUUAAUCCGAUAAUUAUUAGUACGAUGUAGCCUUGAGAUUACCUACCCUCUGGUUGUAUGGAAUCUCUGGUUACAUGGAAUUUAGCCCAUUUUUUAAUUUUUAACUGAAAUAAUUAAUUGGCCCCACUGUUCAACUAAAUAUAAAAUAAAU